AAAAUGGAUGGAGGAAAUCAGUCUGUAGUUUCAGAAUUUUUGCUUCUUGGACUUGGCCACUCAUGGAAUAUGGAGGUCUUACUCUUCAUAAUAUUUUUGAUGCUUUACCUGAUCAUCGUCUCUGGGAAUAUCAUCAUUAUGAUAUUAAUAAUCACUGACCCUCAUCUCCAGUCCCCUAUGUAUUUCUUAUUAGCUAAUCUGUCCUUUGUUGAUAUGUGGCUUUCCUCAAUCACCACUCCUAAGAUGAUCACAGACUGUUUGAGAGAGAACAAGACCAUUUCUUUUGGAGGUUGCAUGUGCCAGAUUCUUUUUGUGCAUAUUGUUGGCGGGGGUGAAAUGGUGCUUCUGGUGGCCAUGGCCUAUGACCGCUAUGUGGCCAUCUGCAAACCACUCUACUACUCCACCAUUAUGAGUCUGCAAAGGUGCAUUGGGUUGGUGUUGACAUCCUGGACUGUUGGCUUUGUGCAUGCCAUGAGUCAAAUGGCUGUGAUUAUACAGCUGCCUUUCUGUGGUCCCAGGGAAAUAGACAGCUUUUUCUGUGACAUACCACUGGUGAUCAAGCUAGCCUGUGUAGAAUCUGAUAAUUUGAACAUUUUAAUUAAUAUUGAUACAGGAGUUGUUGCUGUAACCUGCUUUAUUCUGUUGCUGAUAUCAUACACAUAUAUUCUUUUCACUGUCCUCCAAAGCUCUAAAACUGGUGCAUCCAAAGCUCUUUCUACAUGUACUGCCCACAUCACAGUGGUGGUGCUCUUCUUUGGGCCCUGCAUCUUCAUCUAUGUAUGGCCAAUCAGCAUCACCUGGGUGGACAAAUUUCUAGCUGUGUUUUACUCUGUUAUUACACCUCUCCUAAAUCCAGCCAUUUAUACACUGAGGAAUAAAGAGAUGAAAAAGGCUUUGAAAAGAUUCAGGAGCUAUUAUAUGAGUUCCAAAGGAAAUAAUUAA